AUGGAUGAUUUCAUGCAACAACCCGCACACCUUGGUCCUACCUUCCAGGACUCACCUUUUGCCAUGGAUCAGAUGCGUCGCGAGCUCGACCAGGCAGCUUCCCCCGCACCUACCCAUUGGGCUGCCGAGUUCGAACCCCAAAUGUCUGACCAGGCUGGCCCUGCGUUCGCCCACCAGAACAACGGAGCCUUCAACCCUCAAGAAUUCGCUCGCUUCCAGCAGACGUCAGCCGCGAGGACUGCUAGUCCCCUCAGCAAUGUCCAACAGACACCCAUGGCACGAUAUCAGUCACCCAUGCAGUAUGGUGGCAUGUAUGGUAAUGGUAUGGGCAUGCGAAUGGGCAUGGGUGGUAUGGGAAUGAGCGGUAUUGGCAUGAACGGCAUGCAAACCCCACAAGAUCAGCAACAACAAUCCAAGGGCAAGGAACGCAUGGUCGAGCUGGACGACAAGGACUGGGAAGCUCAGUUCGCCGAGUUGGACGCUCCACAAGAACAGCAGGAUGCUCAACUAGAUGCAGAGGCGAAUGCUGCCAUCGAGGCAGAGCUCAACGCCAUGGACAGGUCAGUUGAUCAGGAGNNUGAAACGCUGUUUGGCGACUUCGAGUCGGUAUGGCAGGGCAUCCAAGCUGAGACGUCCCAAAACAGAGACUUUGUCACACAAGACACCUUCGGCGACGCAAACGACCGCUUCGACCAGUGGGACGGCUUUGACGGCCUCAACACACAUCGCGAUCCUUCGCUAGGCGACUACAUGUUCGAGGAUGACAAUCCCUUCGCCGAAGUAGCCAACCCUUACGAUGAGGGCAUCAAAAUCAUGCGCGAAGGCGGAAACCUCUCCCUCGCCGCCCUGGCCUUCGAGGCCGCCGUACAGAAAGAUGCAGACCACAUGGGUGCUUGGACAGCUCUCGGCCAAGCUCAAGCACAAAACGAAAAGGAAUCGCCAGCUAUUCGCGCUCUCGAGCACGCUCUAAAACUCGAUCCCAACAACCUAGAAGCUCUGAUGGGAUUGGCUGUAUCAUACACAAACGAAGGCUACGAUAGCACUGCCUACAGAACUCUUGAACGCUGGGUCGCUACCAAGUACCCGUCCCUUAUCAACGGCCCUCUCUCCUCACAAGAAGACGAAAUCGGCUUUACCGACCGUCAUGCCCUACACGAAAAGGUGACAGACUUGUUCAUACAAGCUGCACAACUAUCUCCACACGGCGAGCAGAUGGAUCCUGACGUCCAGGUCGGCUUGGGCGUUCUCUUCUACGGGGCAGAAGAGUACGACAAGGCUGUUGACUGCUUCGGCGCUGCCCUAGCCUCAACUGAAGAAGGCAGCACAAACAGACAGGAAGAGUUGCAUCUUCUUUGGAACCGUCUCGGCGCCACUCUCGCAAACUCUGGCAGGUCGGAAGAGGCCAUUGAUGCCUAUUCUCGUGCACUGGAGAUGCGACCAAACUUUGUCAGAGCACGCUACAAUCUAGGUGUAUCAUGCAUAAACAUUGGCUGUUACGAGGAAGCUGCGCAGCAUCUUCUCGGUGCCUUGGCGAUGCACCGUAUCACAGAGAAAGAGGGGUUGGAGAAGGCAAGACAGGUGGUAGGCGAUAACAACAUGACGGAUGCCAAACUGGAAGCCAUGAUCACCCAAAACCAAAGCACAAAUCUUUAUGACACUCUAAGGAGGGUGUUUGCUCAGAUGGAACGUAGAGACCUGCAAGAGCUUGUCGGCCCGGGGAUGAACCUCGAGGAUAUGAGACAGCAUUUUGAGUUCUAG